AUGUCAAAGCUGGAGCCCUUCAGCUCGCUAGCCGAUCAUCUAGAUGCCCGGCUACUGCGUGCGCUGUCAGAGCUAGGCUUCACGCACCCGACACUCGUACAGCACAAAGUUAUCCCCCUCGCACUCGCGGGCAAUGAUGUUCUCGCUCGGGCACGCACAGGAUCCGGCAAGACGCUGGCCUAUGGCAUCCCAGUCGUGCAAAGCAUACUCAGAACGAAAGCGGCUCUGAGUGCUGCCAGUCCGGACAGAGCGGCGACACGAGCCCUCAUCCUCGUGCCAACGAAAGAAUUGUCAGAGCAAGUGACGCAGCACCUCAGGUCGCUCUGUUCUUUCUUGGGCGAGACGGACGCUGUCAAGAUUUUAAACAUCGCCUCGAGCUCUGGCUCGCGUAGCAAGAAAGGCAAGGCGACAGAUCGUACGAAUGACAAGGCGCACAAGCUGGGGCUGGCAGAGAAGCCAGACAUUGUCGUUGCUACGCCUUCGAGAGCGCUUGAUCACCUACGCUCAGAGACGCUCGCGUUGACCGCUCUGGAAUCGCUCGUCAUUGAUGAAGCCGAUCUCAUCCUGUCGUACGGUCACUCGUCAGACGAUAUCAAGGCGCUACUGUCAGGCAGCUGGAAUCUGCCUGCUGUCUAUCAGAGCUACCUCAUGUCUGCCACCCUGAACGACGAAGUCGACGAGCUGAAGGGCAUCGUCUUGCGUCGACCUGUCGUCCUCAAGCUCGACGAGCAGGAAGACGGUCUCGCCAACCUCACGCAACACUGUGUCAGAUGCUCAGAAGAAGACAAAUUUCUGUUCAUCUAUGUCAUUCUGAAGCUCAAGCUUGUCAAGGGCAAAGCGCUCAUCUUUGUCAACGAUGUCGACCGAGGCUACCGCGUCAAGCUAUUCCUCGAGAAAUUCGGUCUCCGGUCUGGCGUACUCAAUGCCGAGCUGCCCUUCAAUUCGCGCUAUCAUGCCGUUCAGGAGUUCAACCGAGGCGUGUUCGACUAUCUCAUCGCUACAGACGAGUCUGGACUGUCAGAAGCUCCCUCGACUGCCGCCUCCAUGCCACAAGUGGAAGACUUGAUACCCGCGCAGGCAGGAGAAGCAGUGGAUCCAGCACAGGAACCGAUAGAAGAACUAGACAAUAUCGAGACAGGUAAACGCAAGCGCGAGGACAAGCCGGAGACAGCGAGCAAGAAGAGAAAAGCAUCAAAGAACUCACAAAUUGAUUAUGGUGUCUCACGCGGCGUGGACUUUGUCGACGUCGCUUGCGUGAUCAAUUUCGAUCUACCCGCCAAUGUCGAAUCUUACACGCAUCGUGUCGGUCGUACGGCUCGCGCCGGUCGGACGGGCAUGGCGCUGUCUUUCGUCGUCCCAAAAGCGCUAUGGGGAAAGCAGACUUUUGGCGAUCUGAGCCUUCCGAAUGCACGGAGAGACGAAGCGCACUGGCGAAAGAUCGAGAAGGAUCAAAAAGCGAGAGGGGUCACAGACCUCAAGGAAUACAAAUUCGAUAUGAAGCAAGUCGAAGGGUUUCGAUAUCGCAUGGAGGAUGGUCUACGUUCCGUCACGCGAGCCUCUAUCAGGGAGGCGAGAGUCAGAGAGAUCAAGCAGGAGGUCAUCAAUUCCGAUAAGCUCAAGGCGCACUUUGAAGACAAUCCUGCCGAUCUCGACUUUCUGCGCCAUGACAAGCCGCUACACCCAGCUCGCGUUCAGCCACACAUGAAGCAUGUUCCCUCCUACCUCAUGCCUCGCAUCAAUGCUGUAGACAACAAGCAAGCCGAUCCAACAUCCACGGAAGUUGGCAAGACGCUCGAAGGCGCUAAUGCCUUUGUGCCUUUCCAUAAAUCCGGAAAGCGAGGCAAGUCGGGUAGUCGAGGACGAGGCUCAAGCCGAGGCAGAGGAUCCCGGGGCAAGUCGGAUCCGCUCAAGAAGUUUGGCAGGAAAUGA